AUGGGAACGCUACAAACAUGUAAGGCAUACAUAGAUACUGGGGCAGGCACUGAAAUCAUGUUCGAAAAGUUCUUCAAACGUUUGAGCAAUGAAGAACGUUCAAGGCUUCAACCUUCUAGAACCUCUAUAAAAGGUAUCGCUGACAUACCCCUCAAGCCUUUGGGGCAGCUAACCCUUGAUGUUCGUUUCAGUGAAGGAUUAAAAGAAAGAACCCAAUCAUUAACCUUUGUGGUUAUCAACAUCCCCUCAAGCUAUGACGUGAUCAUUGGGAGACCCGGACAGUGUGCAUUUUACAUGGCAGUGUCUGUUGGCCAUGGCACGGUUAAAUUUCCUACCGAAAGGGGCAUAGCAACCCUUCAACCCUCGCAGGAAGCUUACAUGAUUGAGGGUGAAAACUCAAACAACGAAGAAGACAGGCAAAGCAAAUGGCCCGAGGUGAAACCCCUUGCCAAGAUCACAGGAAAGCAGGUCAUAGACUUCGUCUGGGAAAACAUCAUCUGUCGCUAUGGGCUGCCAGGAGUGAUUGUCACUGACAAUGGAAAGCAAUUUGCUGAAAAACCUUUUAGCCUUUGGUGCAAAGAAUGCAGGAUCAACCAGAUCUUUAGCUCAGUGGCUUACCCACAAUCAAACAGCCAGGUUGAAAGGGCUAACCGAAGCAUAGUGGAAGGCAUCAAGACGAGAUUAGGAUGA